UUAUUUUUGCCUUGGUAGCAAAGAUCCUUAAAAAAGUUCUCAUGUUUUUGAUGUUUGAAGGUGACACGUGAAAAUGGUUUUUACCAUAUGAACAUAGAAUUGACCGUAGGGAUGGAUCCUGAUUCGGUCUACUUCCUUUUGACUGAUCCACAAAGCGGUCCAUUUCAGAGUUUGAAGAACUACAAGAAUCCCAGACUUAUGGAAAACAAAUCAAGAAAGAUUUUGUUUGAGAAUGGUCCGAGGCAAAUUACGAGGGUGGAGAAAUCUGUGGUUUGUAAAGUAUUUGGGGUUUAUAUACCUAUCUCGAUGCAUCUAAUCUUCGAUGAAAACAGAAAAGAUCUUAUGACACAAUAUAAGAAAGAGAGAGUAAUAUUUAUGAAAGAAUUCAAAGGUAACUAUAAAGUGGAGCCUAUAUUUGUAGAUAAAGAACGUUUGUGCAAAAAGAAGACACCAAUGACUAGAGAAGAGUAUAAAAAAUGCAGUGGUGGCAAAGGAAAGAUUGCGUCAAAACUGACAAUAGACCAAUUCUAUAAGCCAUAUCCUCCUUUCAAUCUACCGCCGCUUUCUUGGUUAAUCCGUGGGCUCACCAUCAAAACCUCCAAAUCUCUGCUUGCACUGCUUCAAGACGCGGCUACUCUAUUCCGAACGGCUGAACUCAAUUCACCUCCCAGUGAAGACAGCGAGUAACAAACAUGAAAGAUACUAGCCUCAACGAACAUGCACAAAUACAUGUUUUAAAAAUUAACAAUACUCUCAAUAGUAUAAGAAUACAAUCAAACAAAAAAUGAUCAAAAUAUGUAAAUCUGUUUAUUAAGAAAAUAUAUAAUAAUAAUAAAAUUCAAAUUCAG